AUGCCGGGUCCUGGGUUCGCACACGAUCCGCAUCUGUUGCCGAGAAUUCAAGAGCACAUUCGUAACUAUCCGGGUACAAAAAUCUUCAAACCGGAAUCAGUUGCAUUCGAUCUUCGCCAGAAAUACCCUGAAUACUCACGCCAAAAGUAUAAAACGUUGAUUACCUUGGUUCAUGAGGCUCUCGAAAGAAUCAAACUGGCAGCGCAAGAAGCUGAAGUUCGAGAAGUUGUCGCUUCAGAUGACGUUUGCCACGCGAUCGAUGAUAUUGCUUCUGAAAUUAUCCGAAGGCCGGAAAAUCGGAAGAGGAAAGCGGCUGUGAAGAAUCGAACACCGGCGAAAGCCGAAGAAGUUCUGAUUUCGAGUGAUGAUGAGCAUGAAGCUGCGGCGAGACAAAUUGAAAACCUCAAGACAACAAAUCGCGCAAACAAGUUUUUGUUGAACUUGUACGGAGCUCAGAACAACUCAACACCAGGAAAUGAGAAAUCGACGCCGAAUUUGGAACGUAAGAGCAAAAUCAAGAAUGGCCAUUUAAAUAAUCAGAAUGCGAAUUCUCGUUCUCGUCCGGAGACUCCGAGUGUCGCGUCACUUCCACGUGGAUUGGGAGCCGUCACCGAAGCAGUCGCACCGCGCGAAUCCACAGUUCGAUUCGAGAACAUCGGUGGAUGCGACAAGCAAUUCCUUGAAGUGUGCCGACUGGCGAUGCACCUCAAACGACCGCGGACUUUCUCGAUUCUUGGAGUUGAUCCGCCACGUGGAUUCAUUGUUCAUGGACCACCGGGAUGCGGAAAAACACUUUUCGCGCAAGCGGUUGCCGGAGAGCUCGGAAUUCCGAUGCUUCAACUCGCGGCAACUGAACUCGUCUCUGGUGUGUCCGGCGAGACCGAAGAGAAAAUUCGAAGACUUUUCGAUACUGCUAAGACAAAUUCGCCGUGUAUUUUAAUUCUUGACGAUAUUGACGCCAUCGCUCCACGACGAGAAACCGCACAAAGGGAAAUGGAGCGAAGAGUUGUUAGCCAAUUAUGUAGUAGUUUAGAUGAGCUAGUUCUACCCCCUCGCGACAAAGUCCAAACUCAGCUGACGUUCGGAAACGACGGAAGCAUUGGAUUUGUUGGCGAAGGUCCACCUCCACCUUCAAGCAAUGCCGGUGUUCUCGUUAUCGGCACCACUUCUCGGCCAGACGCUGUUGAUUCGGGACUUCGACGAGCUGGAAGAUUCGAAAACGAGAUCUCGCUUGGAAUUCCCGACGAGAAUGCGAGAAUCAAAAUUCUGGAGAAAAUUUGUCGCGUUAACAUGGCUGACGAUGUGAGCCUCAAACAGUUGGCGAGACUUACUCCUGGAUAUGUGGGAGCUGACCUGCAGGCGCUGAUAAGAGAGGCUGCAAAAGUCGCCAUCGAUCGUGUCUUUGACACAAUGGUGGCGAAAAUUGAUGGGCAAAAGAGUUUGAGUGCCGAACAGAUCAAGGAAGAACUCGACAGGGUUCUGUCUUGGUUGCACAGUGAAGACGAUCCAACAACGUUGGCUCAACUCGAAGGAGGAUUGAAGAUCACGUUUGCUGAUUUCGAAAGAGCGUUGGAAAAGAUUCAGCCGGCAGCAAAACGUGAAGGAUUCGCAACGGUUCCUGACGUCUCCUGGGAUGACAUUGGCGCUCUCGGUGAGGUUCGAAAGCAGCUUGAAUGGAGUAUCUUGUAUCCGAUCAAACGCGUCGACGAUUUCGCUGCGUUGGGCAUCGACAGCAAACCGCAAGGAAUUCUACUCUGUGGACCGCCAGGAUGCGGCAAAACUCUUCUAGCGAAAGCGGUUGCCAAUGAGACUGGAAUGAACUUCAUCAGUGUCAAGGGUCCCGAACUUCUGAACAUGUACGUCGGAGAAAGUGAGCGAGCUGUUCGCACGGUGUUCCAACGAGCAAGAGACUCGCAACCUUGCGUGAUUUUCUUUGACGAAAUUGACGCGCUAUGUCCCAAACGAUCGCAUAGUGAGACAUCUGGAGGAGCACGACUUGUCAAUCAGCUCUUAACCGAAAUGGAUGGAGUUGAAGGAAGACAAAAGGUGUUCCUGAUCGGAGCGACGAAUCGACCCGACAUCGUCGAUGCUGCAAUUCUUCGUCCCGGCCGUCUCGACAAAAUCUUAUUUGUCGAUUUCCCAUCAAUAGAGGAUCGCGCGGAUAUUUUACGAAAAAGUACUAAGAAUGGAACUCGGCCGCUUCUUGAUAAAGACGUCGAUUUUGAAGCGAUCGCAAAUCUUCCCGAUCUUGCCGGUUUCACGGGAGCUGAUUUGUCGGCGCUUGUUCAUGAAGCCUCACUUCUUGCCCUUCAGGCAAGAGUUCUUGACAACGAUGAUAGCGUGACCGGUGUCGGAAUGAAGCAUUUUCUGGAAGCCGCCUCGAGAAUUCGGCCUUCUGUAACUGAAGCGGAUCGUAAAAAAUACGAACAUAUGAAGAUUGUUUACGGAUUGAAGCCCAAAUAA